AAAAGCAGUCCAGUAUCCACCCGACCAUCAGCUGAUCGAUAUACUUCCGCACACACGCCACGUCAUACGCGCGCGACACGCAUGUCACGCAUCGUGUUAAACGUUAAGCGUCGUUCCAACGUCAACCUAGUUCCUUCUUGUUUAUUAAUCAUCCUAUUUUUAUCUUCCACGCACACCAAUUAUUAUCAUUUUCCAUACUUUACCGACAUCGCAACAACCCACUACUACUAUUACUACCACCACCUCGUACAUUUGUUUCCCAUAAAACACCAUCGUAUCGCGAAUUUCCUCGACAAUCUUUUUCAAAUCCAUGAGAAAGGGGCGUAUGAUCAUUCGUUGAACCAUUAUUGACCCCCUUCUACGAUUAUUCCUUUAUUCCAUCCGUCCUCCCUCCCUACCCCUCUUAUUCAUCCUCAUCCUUCUUUUUCUUCUUUUUCUUCUUUUCCCUUUUCUUUUGCAAGUUGGUGGCAUUGGUGGUGGUGGUAUCAUCGUUCGAGAAGGAACACUUCGCGAAUCGCGAUUUCCGAUUACGAUGCAUCAUCUCUAAAUGCAUCCGUAAAUGCAUUCUUUUCGUUCUACGUUAGUAGUAGAUAGUAGUACGACGCUAUACGAAUUAUAGCGAUCGAAUUUUGUGGUUGUAUUGUGACUAAACAUUCAAAGAAAUAUUAUCGUUGUAAAAAUACUUUUGUCAAAAAGUAUUUCGACUACGACGUCUUGGUGGUGAUCGUUUACGAUUUUCUGUAAAAGUAAAAAAGUAAAAAAAAAAACUGGAUUUUUCAAGACCCCAAAUUAUUUCGGAUAUUAUUGUUCGUACGAAAGUUCAUCGUCUCGAAGAAAGAGGAAACCUUUUUGCUGGUGGAGUUGGUUUAUUAUUAACGUUGGCUUUCCUGCCGAUUUGUCUUGAAGUUUACACCGACGUUUGCAUCAUUAUUGAAAUAAUGAAGAGGGAAGCAGAUGCGGGCGCCAUGACAGGUUCCGGAGGGCCGAACAGUCCUCACAAACGUUACCGACAGGGUGACGAUGAGUUACGUCUUCUCAUUCCCAGCAAAGUUGCUGGAUCUAUAAUAGGCAAGGGAGGACAAAACAUCACCAAGCUCCGAAGUCAGUACAAAGCCUCGAUCAUUGUACCCGAUUGCCCCGGACCCGAACGUGUGCUGACCAUAAGCUCAGACUUGCCUACCGUCCUAACAGUGCUCAACGAGGUUGUACCUAAUCUGGAAGAGAAUGGUCCUCGAUUGGGAAACAACGAUGAGAUCGAUAUAAGAAUGCUGGUACAUCAAAGUCAGGCUGGUUGUGUCAUCGGUAAGGGGGGCCUGAAUAUUAAACUACUACGCGAGAAAACCGGAGCCAGAAUAAAAAUCUACUCCAAUUGCUGUCCACGCAGCACGGAUCGCCUGAUCAGCAUCUGCGGAAAACCAGCUACGUGCAUAGAAUGCAUCCGCGAAUUGAUUGCUACUAUUAAGACGUCGCCAUUGAAAGGAGUGAACAAUCCUUACGAUCCUCACAACUUCGACGAUUAUUAUGCAGACGAGUACGGAGGUUAUGGGUGCAGUGAUGGGACUCCAAAAACAGGUCCUUAUAGCAUUCCUUCAGGAUUUAUCUUUUGCGAAGAAAGAGGAGAUGUUCCAGCCAGCAGUACGGUGUUUCCGAGACGAGAGAAUCGCAUGAAUCGCGGCUUUCCGCAUUCAUCGAGGGGUGGUCAUCGCGGAGGAUCAGGUGGUGGCGGUAUGUCGAGGGGUGGUGGUCCGAUGGAUCGCAGAUAUGGCGGCGGUAACUCUAGAUCCGAUGGUGGAGGUGGUGGUGGUUCUGGUAACAGCGGUGGUUACGAAGGGGGAAGAAAUUCUGGCUACUCUGGCGGUAACAGGAGUGGCGGCGGCGGCCAUUCAUCUUAUAACUCUGGAGACGGUUGGGGUAUGCAAGGUGGUGGUGGUGGUGGUGGUGGUAGUGGUGGUGGUGGUGGUGGAGGUGGUGGUGGUGGUGGUGGUGGUGCACCAAACGGUUUAGGCGGUUCUGGUAACUCUGGAAUGAGUGGUCCAUCAUCAAUGGGUGGAAACAAUCCUCCAGUGAGCCAAAGCAACGCUCCUCUUGGAAAUAAGACCAGUACUCAAGUCACCAUCCCUAAGGACCUCGCAGGCGCAAUUAUUGGUAAAGGAGGACAAAGGAUUAGAAAAAUUAGAGCGGACAGUGGCGCUUGUAUCACCAUAGACGAGCCAUUACGUGGUAGUAAUGAUCGUAUUAUCACGAUAGUUGGCUUACCCAGUCAAAUACAGAUGGCCCAGUAUCUUCUACAACAGAGCGUACAUGAGAAUGCAGAUCUUUUCUAAGAAGAAGAUAAAGUAAAAAAAGUUAAUAGAGGAGAGGAAAGGAGAAGAAACGCAAA